UUAACCGCUUAACAUAAGCAAGCAUAUAAUCAUCGACUAACUUUUAGUGUCAAUAUCGUUAAUGCUUUUUUAAAUUAAGAGGCUAUUUUGAAAAUUUUCUAUUUUUAAUUUAAUAUUUGCAUUUAUUUAAAAUGUCCAAUAUGUUUAAAAGAAGACUUCAAGCAUUGGGAUAUCUAGAAUGGGACAAAGUUAAUAUAAAUGAUGUACAACAUUUUCGAAAAAUUACACUUUGGUUAGAAGAUCAAAAGAUACGUCAGUAUGAUAUACAAGAUCGAAAAGAGCUGCGUGACAUAAAAAGUGAAAGUUGGUCUAAAGCAUUUGCUAAAUACUGCAAUGAUGUUAAAUGUCCAGUUUCAAAUAAUACUGUGGAUCAACUUGAAUGGUUAAUUGGAUAUGCAAUUUGGUUGGAAGCAGAAAAUAAUAUUGAAGAAUAUUCUCAAAAUGUAAAAGAAAUAAAAUUGAAAAUGAAACAGAAAGCAAUGGUACCUCAUCUAAAAUCCAAGAAUCCACUUGACAAUUUAAACUCAAUAGCUAAAUUCGAAAUAAAAAAAUCAGUCAAUAUGUCGACUAAACGUAAAAAUCCAGCAACUAAAAAAGGACGCGCGAAAUCAAGAAAAGUUGAAUAUGACGAAGAGGACAUCUCUAGCGAACAUGAUUCAGACGUUGAUGACGCCGAAACCGGCUCGAAUGUCGACGGUGAAGAUGCUGUCGAAGAUGAUCUUACCGAUGUCUCUAGUAUUCCGGAAUUACCGCCACCUGAGGGAGGAUGGGGUAAGCCUGGAACAUUAUUAAUGUGUGGUCUUACAAAUUGGGAUAUGGCAGGCCGUAAAGCUCCACCAAAAGGUGUGAAAGCUAAUGUAGGACGCAGUUUAUGGACACCGCAUACUUUCAAAAACUUGAAUGGUUCAAGAGUCAGAUUAGUUGCUUCUGGUCCAGCUGCUUCUCACAGUAUUAUUGUUACUGAGGAUAAUCGAUGUUUAGCUUUUGGUAGAAAUGAUAAAGGUCAAUUAGGUAUUGGUGAUACAAAACGUCGAGAUGAACCUACAGAAGUUACAGCAUUAAAAGGUCAUACUGUCAUAGGAGCAUCUUGUGGUCGUAAUCAUACUUUAUUUUUAACAAGUCGUGGCAUUGUAUUUGCUGCUGGAGAUAAUAAAUUAGGUCAAUGUGGCGUUGGAAAAUCUGACGCCUGCAUUAUUUCUGCCACUAAAGUAAAAUAUUCUGGUCCACCAAUAGUAAAAGUAGGGUGUGGUGCAGAAUUUUCAAUGAUUUUAGACAUUAAAGGUGGUUUGCACUCAUUUGGAAGUCCAGAAUAUGGAGCAUUGGGUCAUAACACAGAUGGAAAAUAUUUCAUAACAAAUACGAAAAUGGCGUUUCAUUUUGAAAAAGUGCCUAAAAGGAUCGUCUUAUAUAUUGAAAGAGCGAAAGAUGGCCAUGUUACGCCUUUAGAUCGUGUUGAGAUCACAGACUUCAGUUGUGGUCACUAUCAUACAGUUGCAAUUGAUAGUAAAAAUCGUGCUUUUUCUUGGGGUUUUGGAGGUAUCGGUCGUUUAGGUCAUAAUGAACAACGAGAUGAAUUAGUGCCUCGCUUAAUUAAGUUUUUGGAACCUCCUUCACGUGGUGUGAGAGCUGUAUAUUGUGGCAGUACUUAUAGUAUUGCUAUUAAUGUGCAUGGAUCAGCUUUAAUGUUUGGACAAACAAAACGUACUGGAGAAGCAAAUAUGUAUCCCAAACCAAUUCAAGAUUUAUCUGGCUGGGAAAUUAGAUGUGUUGGAUGUUCUCAAACUAGUGUAGUAGUUGCAGCAGAUGAUUCAGUUAUUGCUUGGGGUGCUAGUCCUACUUUCGGUGAAUUGGGUUUCGGUGAAAUGCGUAAAUCUUCAACUACUCCGAUGGAAGUGAAAGCGUUAGAAGGUUUGUACAUUACUGCUGUUACCUGUGGUCUCUCUCAUACACUUAUGAUUUGUCGAGAUGAAUCCGAAGAAGAGAAAGCUAAAAUUAACAAACUUCAAGUAUAUUCGGUUUAAAUCACAUAAUUUGUAAUACAAUUAUUUGAAGCAAAUUCUAUUCACAUUAUCACAUCAACAUGUUCGAAAAUUUUUCUAUUAUCAUAAAUAAGACUACAUUUUUUAAACAAAAAAGAAAGAAAAAACAAAUUAGAACAAAAAUAUAUUAUCAUUUUAAUUAAGUAAAUCGCUUUAAUAACUUAAAGAAAAGAUUGAAAGAUCUGUGAACAAUUAUUAAUAGACUGCAAAAAACGUCCAUACAAAAUAUAGACUUAACUGUUAUUCUCUA